UAAUUUUAGUUAAAGUAUAUAAUGAUGAUUGAUGAUUACAAAUUGUAAAUUGUUGUAUGAGCGUUUGAGCUAAAGAGUAAAUCUAGAAAAUAAGAUCUAAUAAGAAGAAUCAAAGAGGCAAAAAAUGAACACCAGAUUUCAUGAAGUAAAAUAUUAACCAAAUUUGGGGUUUGUUUUGUAAAAAGAUCAAAAACUCGGGUUAAAAUGUACUCCUACUAUUCCGCCCCCCUUUUAUUUCGUCAUCUUCUUUCUCCCGAGUUCAGAGCUCCGGCGUCCAGCUAGUUUAUUAAACCCUAGCUUUACCACACUUUGUACUACCAAAAACCUCCAUCCAUGACGAAGAAGAGAGCCCAAAUCGUUUCGUCCGAUGAUGAUGAAGAAGAAGAAGAAGAAGAAGAAGAAGAAGUCGAAGAAGAAACCUCGGACGAAGCAGAACAGUCAGAGCAAUCCGAAUCCGAAUCCGAAGGCGAAGAUUCUUCAUCUGAGGAACACGAAAACAGCGGCGAAGCCUCGAAGAAGGAGGCUCUAAAGAAGCUCCUGGAACCCUUCGGAAAAGAGCAAAUCAUCGACAUCCUGAAAGACGCCGCCGCGAAGAACCCGUCCAUCCGCUCCCGGAUCCUCCGGAAAGCCGAGUCCGACCCGACCCACCGGAAGAUCUUCGUCCACGGCCUCGGCUGGGACACCACGGAAGAACAGCUCCUCCAAGUCUUCAAGCCCUUUGGAGAAAUCGAAGAGCACAAACUGAUCACCGACAAGGUCACCGGCAAGGCCAAAGGCUACGCUUUUGUGCUCUUCAAAACCCUUUCCGCCGCCCAGAAAGCCCUGAAAGUUCCCCAGAAGGUCAUCGGAAAUCGCACCACUUCUUGCCAGCUGGCUUCACUGGGCCCUGCCGGAAACAAUGUAGCCGGUUCCGGUUCCGGUUCCGGCGAUGUUGAUGCCGGACAGAGGAAGAUUUUCGUGAAGAAUGUUGCUCCCACUGUGAAUGUGGAUAGGCUCCGUGCUUUCUUCGGGAAUUUCGGAGAGAUUGAGAAUGGUCCGUUGGGAUUGGAUCCUGUGACUAAUAAGCCAAGAGGGUAUGCCAUUUUCACGUAUAAAUCAGUUGAUGGAUUGAAAAAGGCUCUGGAGGAGCCGGUUAAGGUGUUUGAAGGCUGCCAGUUGAAUUGCAAGAAAUUUGUAGAAAGUCAUCAGAAUGCCAAUGUAAAUAAGGUUACUAGUAAUAAUACCAAUGCUGGUAAUGUUAAUUAUGGUCAAGGAUUGAACAUGGGGGAUGGUUUCGGUUCGGCUAUGACGGCCGGAGGGAUGCUAAUGCAGCAGAAUCCAGGUUUUGGGUUGGUAGCUAAUCCAAUGUGGGCGGCAGCAGCGUUGAAUCCGGCGGGAUUUGGUGCUGCAAUGCCCGGAGUUGGUGCCAAUUAUGGAACUCAGGCGGCACUACUGCAAGGAUAUGGGGUUUCAAUGGAACAGUCACCGGUUGGAGGAGGUGCUGGAGGGUCUGGAUCAGCCAGGAAUCAAACUGCUCUUGGUUUUCCCGGGAUGAAUUUCCCUUCCUACUAUAGCAAUUAGGUGAGAUGUAGGAGUUUCAUUUCAGCAAUGGCUGAUGUACAUUGUAUCAUCAUAUUGAUACCUUAAUAUAUCAUUAGAUCAUUGGAUGUCUUAAGUUAUAGGCGGUAAUUGUUGAAUCUUGUCCUUACUGUGCCAAAGUUUUUAUCUUUCUUUCUGUUCAUCUUCAGAAAACAUUAGAAAUUGUUAAGGACUUCUUCUUGAUCAUCUAUCUGAUCUUUGGAAUCAAAGUUUUGUUGUUUGGUUGUUCCUAGAACUAGAAGAAGUACUGUCUACAUGAGUUGCUGCUUGUCUGCAAACAUGAGAAAUAUGAUCUCCAACUUCAAUUUGGACCAUUGUAGAAAUGCAUUUGAGAGAUUGACUAAAAACUAGAAAGUAAACUGGACCAUUGUAGAAAUGCAUUUGAGAGAUUGACUAUAAACUAGGAAGUAAUCAUAAUAGUAGCAGACAAAAUCAUACUCUGAAAAAAAUAAGGAAGCCUCUGAUUUUAUUUACAAUAUUGAAGUGAUAGACAUCAGAGACUUCGGAGUUAAUGUGUUAGAAGUAUGAAUCCACCCAGCCAUAGCCAUCAGAUCAGUUGCAAAAAUAAUAAACUCUAACUCUUCUGACUGGUGGUUGACAGAUGAUGAAAAACGCCAUUGCCAACACCAGUGCCACCACCAAACCUAGCAGUGGAAAAUCAUCAUCUUCUUUGCAGCAUAUCUUUCCCAUCGUCUUUCUUUUUUCUUGCCUAAACCUCCACCAAAUUGUUCUUCUUCAUCUACCAACAGAAUCCUGCGAAACUAUCUGUCAACUAACAGAAAAUGGAAGAUUUAGAGCCCCUUUUCAAUCAAUAAUAAUAACACACUUCAAGAGAGAUAUAGGAGUACUUACUCGCUUCAGAGUUUCCGGGCAAGAAAGAUACUAAGGAAAGUUCCUUUCUUGCUGCUCUUCUACUUUCCAGCUUCAAUUAAUUCAAGUGCAGGAAGUUGAACUGAUCCUGGGAUGUUCUUAUAAUCAAAGAGAGUAACAGAUAAGAAUCAAGUACAAGAAUUCUAUUAAUUCAAGUCUAACUGGCUUCUCUGAGAUGGUUCAAGGAAAGAGACGGACCAUAAAAAUGGUUGUUUUCUGACUAGUAAAACUAAAAUAUUGAUUUUCAAGCCAAUGGUGGAUGAUGGUACCAAACAAACAAUCGUAAUGUUGUGCAGCUCAUAUAAAAUUAAUUGAAGAAAAAGUAAGAAUAAAUGAGAAAAGCAACCGUGUGAAGAAGAAGAAUGGUCUAAAACUCUUAAAUCCCCUCCUGGAUGGUCGUCUUGACUUCUUGUAUUGACAUUGAUCAUGUCACUCACUGUUUCUUCUUUUCUUUAUAUGUUAAACUCGGUAGGUUUAAGCCAUGAACACGGAUUGAUUCGGAUGCUAGCCUAUGUUAAUGAUGUCACUGGAAUGUUUCUCUUUUUUUCUCUUUGUGUAUGAAAUUCUAUAGGCGAAUCCACUGUUCCAACUUCCAAAUAAUUCCAAUUCAAUGCCAGUAAAUUCUAUUUCAGGUAAAACUAUUCCACAAACAAGUAAUGUGAUCAGAGUACCUCAACCACUUGAACCAAGAAGUUGUUGAUUGGUGUUAUGUUUUUUCUUUCCAGAUUAGUAGUUUGUGUAUGUGUGUGGUCGGUCAUAAUUAAGUCAUAACAACUUCUAUGAGUUUUUUUUUUUUUUU